AUGGCUUUCUCAAACUUUAAGGUCGUUCCCUGCGAACUGUCAGAUAUGACUGUGUGCGCAGACAUAUUUGACGAAGCGUUCGCCGACGACCCAGCCAUAAUAUACCUCUAUCCUCGGUCUGACCCGAAGGUACUGAAGGAGAAAUCGAUACAGAAUUUUGAGAAGAGCUUCACAGCACCUGGAGUGAAGUAUUUCAAGGUUGUACUUGAAGAUACAGGCGAAAUUGUUGCUUUUAGCAAGUGGGUAUAUCCUCAUACCCCCGAUCCGAACGCCGAAGACCCCGAAACGGCCAUACGAAUGCAGCAGCACGUACCAGGAUCAAAUGAGGAAUUGGUUGUCGAGUUCUUUACCAAAUUUCUCCGGGGGAGAAGGAAGUGGGUUGUGCCUGAGACGCAUUACUUCAUGAGCAUUCUGGCCGUGCGACCAGAAUACCAAAGAAAGGGGCUCGGUUCUAUGCUCUUAACCCCUGUGUUGGAACAGGCUGACAAGGAAAAUGCAAAGGCUUUUGUCCAGGGGAGUGUGCAGGGGGUAGGGAUGUACCUCAAGCAUGGCUGGGAGGAGGUAGAUGAGAUUUUGAUGGAUUAUAGUCCUUAUGGAGGAGCAAGUGACGUUAAAACUGCACUUCUGGUGAGGGAGCCUAGAUAA